AUGGGGGAAAGAGAAAGAAGUCCAGUUACUGAUCGAGAAAGUAAGACAAGCAGACCCUAUUACUCUUACUGUUCAUCUGAAUUUGGAACUACUCCACAGUCUUCUGGCCGGUCGUCGCUGGUGCAUCCCUCCCCACCUGCAAGUGUUAAGGGAAAACAUCCUAAGAAACAAAUUUCAGAUAGCCAAGUGCAUCAUCAAGCCCCUAGGAAACCAAGCCCUAAGGGUUCACCAAACAGAAAGAAAGUCCGAGCAGGAUUUCGCUCCCAGAGCCUCAAUAGGGAGCCCCUUCGGAAAGAUCCUGAUCUUGUUACAAAACGGGUUCUUUCUGCAAGACUGCUAAAAAUCAAUGAAUUGCAGAACGAAGUAACUGAACUCCAGGUCAAGAUAGCCGAGCUGCUAAAAGAAAAUAAGGCUUUGAAAAGGCUUCAGUACAGGCAGGAGAAAGCCCUGAGUAAGUUUGAAGACACAGAAAAUGAAAUCUCACAACUUAUUGCUCGUCAUAGCAAUGAGAUUACAGCACUCAGAGACCGCUUAAGAAAAUCUCAAGAGAAAGAACGGGCAACUGAGAGAAGGGCGAAAGAGACAGAAGGUGAACUGCUUAGGACCAAAGUUUCCUUACAGAAACUGAAAGCCAUCUCUGAAGCUAAACACCUACCUGAACGAGAUGGUUUAGCAAAGAAACUCUCUUCUGCAGAGUUAAAAUUAGAUGACACUGAGAGAAGAAUUAAGGAAUUAUCAAGAAACCUUGAGCUAAGUAGUAACAGUUUCCAACGACAGUUGCUUGCUGAAAGGAAAAGGACAUGUGAGGCUCAUGAUGAAAAUAAACUUCUUCAAAAAGAACUACAAGGACUAUAUGACAAAUUAAAGGAAAAGGAGAGAGAACUGGACAUAAAAAACAUAUAUUCUAAUCGUCUGCCAAAGACUUCUCCAAAGAAAGAAAAAGAAUUUACAUCAAGAAAAAAUGCUGCAUGCCAGAGUGAUUUUACAAACCAGUGUACAAAAGGAGUACAAACCAGUGAAGACUUCAAGCUGGAGGAAUAUCCUAUAACACCACAGACAGUUAUGUGUUAUGAAAACAAAAGGGAAGAACCCGAACGUCUUUCUUUGGAUCUGGAAUCUCAAGAGAGAGAUAAUCUUGGAGAAGCUGGGAUUCUAAACCCAACUGUGGAAAGAGAAGACAAAUUUGCUAAAGAUCAAGGACUCCAUGUUGUGAAACAGGAUGUUGAGAAGCUGGAUAAUGGGUGGGAAAGAGAAGAACUUGCUAAAAAGCCAAAGGAAAAGACAUCUUUGUUGGAGAGAGAAGGAAAGCCAGUGUUGGAAACUGGAAGAUACCAAGUGGAAAUGUACCAAGUUCAGAAAAUUGAUAAACUGGAAGAAGAGGAAGAAGAAAGGCUAAAAGAAAUGCUACUUGCUAAACUGAAUGAAAUCAACAGAGAACAAGACUCUCAGAAUGUAAAAUAUCCUUCUCUGCCAUUGCUUCCUGACUUGAAGCCAAAACUGCAUUCCCCAGAGAGAAACCCCAGAACACACACGUCCUCUGGAUCCUCAGAGAGAUUAUUUAACGGGCAUCAUUUGCAAGACCUCAAUCUUUCAACAACGAAAGGAGAUGGUCAGAAUCCAGGCCAUACUCGAAGCCCAGCCUCUCCAGAUGAGCUUGUGUUUGGUAGCUAUGUGCCUUCAUUUGCAAAAACAUCAGCGAGGUCAAAUCCAGUUAGCCAAAAAAGUGACCUUUUGGGUUUCUCAGGAAAUAAUACAGAGAAAUUUAGUAAAGACAGUGUAGAUUCAAUUACCAGACAAGAAAGAAAAGCCACCCUGAUGGAACAGCUGUUUGGUGCCAGUGGUGGCAGCAGCCUUUCCUCUAAAAGCAGUGACCCAAAUUCUCUGGCUGUCACUAAAGAAGACUGUGACCCUCUAAAUUUUCUCCCUGGGGAUAAAAACAGCUGGGGUAGGGAACAUAGUGAUGAUGAUGACUUUUUCCUCAGCGAAGGAAGAAGUUUUAAUCCAAGUAGACACCGAUUAAGACAUGCAAACAGUAAACCAGCAGUAAAAGUAGUUGAUUCUGUAGAAGAUGAAAUUGAAGAAGUAGUGCUGAGAUGA